AGUACCGCUUUUUUUCACUUUGUUGUUUUCAAGGGAUAAACUUUGGUAGUGUCUUGGCAUGUUGUAAGAAAUGGAAGACGCCGGCUCUGAAGAUGCCUCAACAUCCUCGAAUCUGGAGCACAGGGAGCCAGAUGAAUCUGCCCGAUGCAAGAUGCUAGCAAGGUUGCUGAAAGAACGAUCCGACGCGGCAAAGCUGGUGAUGAAAAGCGCAAGGCCGCUCGAGGGAUACUUAAUCAUCAGGGGUAAGGUGAUUCAGCCGGAAAACGUGGGAUACAAUUUCUCCGCCAGAGAUGUCCUAAUACUCGACGAGAAGUACCUCCGAACCUUCUACGGGAACAUGGACCUGAGUGAGUACUUGCAGCUGCGGUCGGAGACCUUACCCGCCCCUGAUGUUCGCUGUAAGCACUCACCGGCGCCAAGACAAAGAUGCGAGGAGCAACGUAUCACACUCUGCCCGAAGAAGGGCACGCAUUGGGUCGAGCGGAGAAUCUUCAAAGCGUACGCACUUGCCGAACAGAAUUUACUCAGAUUCUUUAAGCCCAAAAGCGUCUAUACUUCGUUCAUAGUUGUCAGCCUCCAUGUCGGAUUUUGCCCUAAGUGUCUCGAAGAGGAAAACCGUCCGAAAAACUCACCUUUUCUUGCCUUACCAGGGGACGUGAUGUUCAAAAUUAGUAGCUACCUGGAAAUGUCGGAGGCUUUCGCACUGUCAAGGACUUGCAGCGCUUUGCGGAUCGAUCUGCGUACGCCCUGGGAGCAGGCCUUCGCAAAUCAAAAGAAGGAAGACGAGAGGGCAAGCGAGAUGAAAAUUUGGAGAAAGACAUGAGAUGAAAAUAUGAGUUUUUAUGGAAUUGAAAUGCGAAGAAAGUUCUGAUAUUGAAAGUAUAAUUACAAGCUCCAAAAUAUCAGCGACUUCAUUUGCCGAUGACUGUGAUGAUUGCGUCAGUGCGUCAUGAUACAUGCUCUCGCACCAACGCUAAUGGCUAAACCCUAAACCCAUUACUUCUACUAACCACUUGACACAAUAGCUCCGUUUGAUAUUGUCCUACCAUCGAAGGCUUCACCUUCACUCUCCAAGGAAAUGUUCACAAUUGUUGAGAACCAGGGUCUAAGGUGUUAUCAGGUCUCAACGGUUCUCUUCCAAGAAAUCUUUCAAGAAAACAGAAACUCGAGUUUCCUUGUUCUAAGCCAAUGUUGCAAGGCUUGGAUCAUGUAGCCCACUUUUGUUUCUACUUGUAGUACGAUGUU